CAAUUGCACUGUGUGAUGAAGACAGCAAGAGAGCGAGAGAGGCGCACACAGCUCGCGUGAAAUUAGAUCAGAGAACAGCGGUGCCUGUUGGGAAGGCGACCAUUUGUAUUUGUGGACGCAUGUGGGCAGCAUGUCAGUCCUACAAGUCUGAACUCAGGAUUUCUCUGCAGUUAGCUUUAUUUUUUCCAACAGUAGUCUUGCAAGACAAAAGAAGCUAAAUGAGAGAAAUGGUCAAACUACAAGAAGAAGAAAUGAAGGACUUUGCACAGUCAGCAGAUCAAGGAAUCCCUCCGCGAAAAGCACCUCUUGUAACCCGAGCUUUUCGAUUAAGGAAUAAAAUUGUUCGCGUGGGACUUGCUGAAACUCUUUGCACUUAUGUAAUGAUGGUGUUUGGCCUUGGUUCAGUGGCGCAGGUCACGAUUGGACAAGGAGAAUUUGGACAUUACAUAAGCAUCAAUCUGGGCUUUGGGCUGGGUGUUGCAAUUGGGAGUCAUGUAGGAGGGAAAGUUUCAGGCGCUCAUAUGAACGCGGCGGUGUCCUUCGCCAUGUGUGUCUAUGGCCGCCUGCCGUGGAGGAUGUUCCCCCUCUAUAUUUUCUCACAGUUUCUGGGGUCCUUUUUAGCCGCAGCGUCGGUUUAUGCUGUGUAUUACGAGGCAAUACACAACUAUUGUGGAGGGAAUCUGACUGUAACUGGCGUCAAGGCCACUGCUAGUAUCUUUGCCACCUAUCCUGCCUAUUACCUCUCCUUCUUGGGAGGAUUCAUUGACCAGGUAUUUGGGACAGCUUUGCUACUGCUGUGCCUGUUGGCUUUGUCCGACCAGAAAAACAGACCAGCUGCAGCAGGCGCCGAGCCAACCGUCGUGGGUCUCUUGGUGCUAUUAAUCGGCAUUUCUAUGGGCAGUAACAGUGGCUACGCGAUCAAUCCCACCAGAGACAUCGGGCCGAGGAUCUUCACGGCCAUUGCGGGUUGGGGGGUUCAAGUGUUCUGGGCCGGAAAUGGUUGGUGGUGGGUGCCAAUUGUCGCCCCGAUGGUUGGAGGCGUAUUGGGUGCGGGAGUCUACAAGGUCUUGGUUGAACUUCAUCAUCCUCCACACUCAGAAAAUUGCAGUGGACCGAUAGAAAGAGUAGAGAAGGAGACUGCAUCACUGGAAAAACAAAACGCUGACACUGAUUUUUGUGUGUGAGAGGUUCCCAACUAAUACGAUGAGUGGAGCAUGUCAAGCCAGGUGCACAUGAGUAGCUGACACAUUCCAAGAUUGCUUUGAUUGGACGAUCCGCUAAUAAUGACGCAAACGUGGGACUCGCGUGUCUGUAUCUUAGUUACUCGGUUACAAUUUGCAUCACUUGCUAAGCUGCUUCUUGGAGCUGAAAGAGAAAUGGCACUCAGCUAAGGCUUAUUAUGCAAAUGUUCAACAUCCAGGAGUAAGACAAGUUGAAACCUAAAAUAUUUUUCUUGAAGAGUCAGCCGACUUUCAUUAAUGAUGCAAAAGUAGCUGGUCUAACUUUGGAGUAACUGAGUGUGACACUGACUUAAAAUCCUACCUCCUUUAAGAGCCUUUAAUAUUAUGCAGAGUAAUAGGCAUGUAUCUAUUAUUCAUUCAGGCAGACAGCAGUCUAUGGGCAAAAAGUGAAAAGAUAACCUUCAUGUUGGAAUCACUUGAAAAAUAGUUGAGCCCAAAGUUGAGCCAAGAAGUCUUAUUGCUUAUGCGGCCACACUCCGCGGGCAUUACAAAGAGAAUAAUCAUCUACUGUGAAGUUAUGGAUUUAUAAAUAGCACCUGUAAUAUUGAAAAUUUGACUGAGGGUUAUGGUGUCAAGUGUUGACAAUUUGAUCAAGGAAUAGCAGCUGCAUUUUAUUAAAGUUUACAUUCAAAACAGACUUGUAAUUUAUGCAUAGUUAAUUUAUUCUAUAUCUGGCAUGGUAGAUCAUAAGAUCAAGCUUUGUAUGAAUACGCAAAAUGAAAUUCACUGAUUUUAAAGACGGUCAUUGCUUGUGACUUUCUUAAAUGAAGUUUGAUGGACACUCGUGACAGAGCCUCAGUUGUCAAGUACUGUCCGAGAGCUGCUUGAAAUAUCAUCAAACAAAUCCGGUUUUAUCGCUUCGCUGUGCCCGGUCUUCCACUGCUGCCGGGGCUUUUGCUAUUGCUCGCUUGGCUGGACGGUGCGGACGGCUUCUUCUUAGGCGUGGGUACCUUGGCUUUGGCUUUAAAAGCCUUUGUGGGAUCAAUCUUGUUGACGUGAACGUCUCCGGCAGAAGGAGUGAGGCUGAGCUCACUUCUGAAGGUCAGCGGCUGGUAUAGCGAUGACCACUGCUGCGGAGGGAACGACGGGUGUUAGAGAGUUAACACACAAAAAAUAAAUAAAUUAAAAAACAUUGAGAAACGAAAACAAGCAAGAUUUUGAUUUUCCAACACAAAUCAUGUGUCUGUUCAUUACUUUGAAUGAAACACUGUACUUAUCAAAAUGGCAAAAAAUAAAGUAUCUCAAUUUA